AUCAUCGUAGCCAUAAAAAAAUAAACGCGUUUUUUUUCACAAAUCAUUUUCUAGGCUACCGAUUAAGUUUUAUAAAAAAAAAAAUUGGUAUCAAAUUAAAGAUCGAAAUUGUUUGAAAAUGUCAGUUCCAUCACCUCUCGUCUUGGCCAGUGUGCUCAUCUUCUUACUGGCCUUCAACGUGUGCGGUGUUUUUGCUCAAGAUCGUACGUGUUCCUAUCAUGACAAACCACACUCCCGUGGUUUGUGUGGCUCAAAACUCGCGGACACUGUCCAGCUUCUCUGUGAAAGCCGAUCUAAAAGAGACGCUGAGAAAGAAGGAAAUGAUAGGUUUGAUGUGAUGGCCUUGACCAAGAAGAGCGCCCUGGCCUUCCUGGGCAAGAGACAAAAUACGGGCAUUGUGUGUGAGUGCUGCUACAACCAGUGUUCAAACGACGAAAUAUUGGCCUAUUGUUAAAU